GUCGGGGUGGGCAGCCUUCGGUCCUGUGGGUGUGCUCACGGGGCCUCCUGGCCUUCCCUUCUUUCCUAUAGCUCUGCUUGCCCAGGACCCCGCCUGGCUCCAGCAGGAGGGCACAGAGGACGAAGCUGUGGCUCCGGGGGUACUGAUCACCUGUCUGCGGGAACCAGUCACCUUUGCGGAUGUGGCUGUGUUGUUCACCCCAGAAGAAUGGAUGUUUCUAGACUCUGCCCAGAGAAGCCUGUACAGAGAUGUGAUGCUGGAGAACUAUAGAAACCUGGCCUCCGUGGAACCUCAGCAUCAACCCCAAGAUCCAAUUUCUAACCAAGAUAUUUUUGCAGAGAUUCCAUCCAUUGGCAUGAAAAGGGAGCAACCCCAGACUGGAGAUAAACUCUAUAAAUACAGUGAACUUGGGGAUCCCUUUCACGGCAUUGAACCACUUUUUCAGUACCAGAGAAUUCAUGCUGGAGGCGACCCCUAUGAAUGCCACGAGGGUGGAAAAUCCUUCUUCCAGCCCGCUCACCUGAUUGUACCUGAUAAGAUCCGUCAUGGGGACAAAACCUAUGCAUGUAACAAAUGUGAGAAAUCCUUCAGAUACAGCUCCGACCUGAUCAGGCACCAGAAGACUCAUACCACGGAGAAGUGCUUUGAAUGUCCGGAGUGUCGGCAAGCCUUCAAGUACUCCUCGAAUCUGCGGCGCCACCUGAGGACUCACACUGGGGAGAAGCCCUUCGAAUGUGCUCAGUGUGGGAAAACCUUCACAAGGAACUUUAACCUGAUUCUGCACCAGCGAAACCACACGGGCGAGAAGCCCUAUGAGUGUAAGGACUGUGGGAAAGCGUUUAAUCAGCCGACCUCUCUGAGGAGCCACCUGAGGACUCACACCGGGGAGAAGCCCUUUGGAUGCAGUCAGUGUGGGAAAGCCUUCAGGGAGCACUCGUCGCUGAAGACGCACCUGCGCACUCACACCAGGGAGAAGCCGUAUGCGUGUAACCAGUGUGGGAAGCCCUUCCGGACGAGCACUCAUCUCAACGUCCACAAGAGGAUACACACCGGGGAGAAACUGUAUGAGUGCGCUACUUGUGGGCAGGUCUUGAGUCGCCUCUCAACACUCAAGAGUCACAUGCGAACUCACACUGGAGAGAAGCCCUAUGUGUGUCAGGAAUGUGGGCGAGCUUUCAGUGAACCUUCAUCCCUCAGGAAACACGCGAGGACCCACACCGGCAAGAAGCCCUAUGCCUGUCAGGAAUGCGGGCGAGCCUUUGGUCAGUCUUCACACCUUAUCGUGCACGUGAGAACUCACACUGCGGGGAAACCCUAUGAAUGCAAUCAGUGUGAGAAGGCCUUCAGGCACAGCUCUUCACUUACUGUGCAUAAAAGGAUUCAUGCCGGGAGAGAGAACGUUAGGAACGGUGGCCUGCCUUUAUCAGUGUCCCAUCCGUGUGGGGGGCCCCUUGCUGACUGACUUCCAAGUUUUAAAAGUAUACACGUUCUGGGCUGUAAUCAUCUCUCAUAGUACUGGUUUAGCUACGUCACAUGUUUUGAUGUAUAAUAUUUUCAUUUUGGUUAAAAUCUAAAUAUUGUCUUAGUUUCUAUUAUCACUUACUCUUUGGCCUGUGAGUUAUUUGUAAUUAGAUUUUAAAGUAACAGGACAUGGGUUUAUUUUUAUAGAGGUAUAAUUACUUAUAGUGAAAUGCAUAAAUCUUAAGUGUACAGUUGGAGAACUCUGACAGGUGCGUACACAUAUAUAUGUAACCAACACGCCAUUUAAGAUAGAGAACAUUUCUAUCCUUCUGGAGAGUUCCUGCAUGUGUAUGGGUGUUUUUUUUUACUUUAUAACUUUCUGCUGUUGGUUCUAAUUUAAUUACAUUGUGAGCAG